AUGGCUUCGCCUCCUUACAUGCUUCCCGUCGACUCCGCGCACCUGUCGCCCUCCGGCUACCGUCUCUCCCCUCAGAUGGUCCCCUUCGAGGGAGCCGUGCUUCCUCCUCCUGUUCUCCCGCCCCAGCACUCGAGUCCUGUGCUGUUUCCUACCACUGUCACCGUCCCUUUCAGCCAUAGGCCCGUAUCCCCAUCUCCUGCAAGGCCUGGCAGAGCCUCAGCACCCUCGCCGGGCAGGAAGAAAGAGAGAUCACAAUCUCCUCGUGUGAGAAGUCUAUCUCCGGCCCUCAGGAGGUCCAAGUCUCCUUUGGGGAACGCGUCAGGACCGAUUACGAUCACGCAUGAUGGACAGUAUGCUCGAUUGCAAACUGUGGGUGAGCCUCUGGACAAAGAUCUCAACGUAGUGGAUGCCAGAACUGGUCAGAAGCGGUCGGGCGUAGGGAUCUUCUUUCAACAAGAAUCCAGUGGUUGGAUCUAUGUCGCAAACCUGCUGCCCAACAGCUCAUCAGCGCUGGAUGGACGGAUUGCAAUCUAUGAUGAGCUCCUUCGGGUCGAUGACUUCAUGGUUGACUUUGAGACACCUCUCGAAGACGUUCGAGAGAGAGUUCUGGGCCAACCUGGAACCAAAGUUCUCCUUGGUUUCCGCAGAAAAGGAGCUUAUGAAGGGGACAGACAGGUAGAGUCUGAUUACAUCUACGAGGUCGAGUUGCUCCGUGGAAAUCCACACAGUCCCCCGCCGAAGAAGAGGGUUCAAGUUGACUUCUCCAAGUACGAGAGAGAGAUAUCCUACCUUCGACAGGAGAUCGAGAUGCUUUCCUCAAAGCUGGAGAAUUUUCAACAUGAUGCACGAACUGCAAACCUGGAAGCAGAACUGAAUGCCAGACGAGAGGAUAUGGCGAGGUUUGAAACGAUGUUGGAACGGAGCAGAGAACGAUCAAGGGAGGCUGAGAGCACUAGGGACGAGAUCAUUGAACACUACAAUCGCAUGAAGCGAGAAAAUGAGAGGCUUCAAAAGCAAGAUGUUGAAAGAAGUGCCAUCUUCGAUGAUCUGCAUCAAAGAAGUGUGGAGUUCCAAGAUGAGAGGAACGCGGUGAUGGAGAUCGAGCACAGGCUGAGAGAUGCCAAUGACAAGCUAUCGUCCCUGGUGCAAGAGAGUACAGACAUGGAGUCCGAUCAUCAUGUGUUCUUGAGGCAACGGCUGCAUCAGGGUCACGUGGCGAUCAAGGAAGCAAUCAAGGCUCAGGAGAUUCAGAUCCAGCAGCUCAACGACAUCAUCCCAUCUCUUGACAUGGUUCAUUCUUCCUUCUUCUCCAGCAUGGCCUUGGAUCCUGCGCACAUCCACGCGUUCCAAGUUUCACCUCCCAAACUCCCGGAAGUCACGAGCUCGAGCUCAAGCUUGUAUUACAGCUCCUCAAGCGCGUCCUACCUGAAACCCACGUACUAUUCGUACAACGAUUUCAGACCGGCUCCGACUCAAUCCCUCCGGAUGUCGCUUUCAGCUUCAAUGUCGCGCGUCUCGGGGUCAGAAGACUUCGCUUGA